AGCUAUACCUUGCAGCUGGCAUCUCGAUCUCCUUCUGUCUGAAUAUAUUAACUUUUGGCCUCUAGAUCUCUUCCAGUUUCUUCAUACUUGUCCUUCUCCCUCCCCCUCUCUCUCUCUCUCUGAGACAGACGACGAUGGAGGAAGGAGGACGAUGCGUGGUGGUGGUGCUUCUUGUGCUGAUGGCCAUGUCGCAAGGAUGCGAUGCGCAGAAUACUACUGGGUCAGGACUAACGAGAGGGAGCUUCCCUAAGGGCUUCGUCUUCGGAACCGCCUCAUCAGCCUACCAGUAUGAAGGAGCUGUCAAGGAGGACGGAAGGGGACCAGCCAUUUGGGACAAAUUCGCACAUACAUUUGGAAAGAUCAUUGACUUCAGCAAUGCUGAUGUUGCCGUGGAUCAGUACCACCGCUUUGAGGAAGAUAUUCAGCUCAUGGCAGACAUGGGAAUGGAUGCAUACAGAUUCUCAAUUGCAUGGUCUAGGAUUUUCCCGAAUGGCACUGGUCAGAUCAACCAGGCAGGCAUUGACCACUACAACAAGCUAAUCAAUGCAUUGCUAGCUAAAGGAAUUGAACCAUAUGUAACCCUCUAUCACUGGGACCUUCCUCAGGCCUUGGAGGACAAGUACACAGGAUGGCUUGACAGGCAGAUUAUCAACGAUUACGCUGUAUAUGCCGAGACAUGCUUCAAAGCAUUCGGUGACAGGGUGAAGCAUUGGAUCACCUUCAAUGAGCCCCACACUGUCGCAGUGCAGGCCUACGACAGCGGGAUGCACGCGCCAGGCCGCUGCUCAGUGCUCCUGCACCUCUACUGCAAGAAAGGGAAUUCAGGCACCGAGCCCUACAUAGUUGCUCACAACAUGAUCCUUUCUCAUGCCACAGUUUCUGACAUAUACAGGAAGAAGUACAAGGCAAGUCAGAAUGGGUCGCUGGGGAUAUCUUUUGAUGUUAUAUGGUAUGAACCAAUGUCAAAUUCCACAGCUGACGUUGAAGCUGCCAAGAGAGCACAGGAAUUCCAGUUAGGAUGGUUUGCGGAUCCCUUCUUCUUUGGAGAUUAUCCCGCGACGAUGAGAUCGAGAGUAGGGAGCAGGCUGCCCAAGUUCACGACGACAGAGGCUGCACUUGUGACCGGGUCACUGGACUUCAUGGGGAUCAAUCACUACACCACAUUCUACACCAAGGACGACCAAUCCACUGUCAUAGAAAAACUGCUGAACAACACCUUGGCAGACACUGCAACCAUCAGCGUCCCCUUCAGAAAUGGACAGCCAAUUGGAGAUAAGGCCAAUUCUAUAUGGCUGUACAUCGUGCCUCGUAGCAUGAGGAUCCUGAUGAACUAUGUCAAAGACAGAUACAACAAACCAACUGUCUACAUAACGGAAAAUGGCAUGGAUGAUAGCAACAGCCCCUUCAUCUCCCUGAAAGAUGCCCUCAAGGACAACAAGAGGAUCAAAUACCACAAUGAUUACCUUACAAGCCUAGCAGACUCCAUAUGGGAGGAUGGCUGUGAUGUUCGUGGGUAUUUUGCAUGGUCUCUUCUUGACAACUGGGAGUGGUCCGCUGGAUACACAUCGAGAUUUGGGUUAUACUUUGUAGACUACAAGGACCAGAAGAGGCACCCAAAGAACUCAGUGAAGUGGUUCAAGAAUCUAUUGGCAUCCUCCUCUUGACCAAAUUUGGUUGCCUAUCUAGAUGCUUUGAUCAACCUACGAUACCAAACUAUCUAUUUAUGAUUUGUACAUUGGAUUGCAGACCGACUUGUGAUCAUUCAUGUAUUCAUUGAUUGUACACAUAGAUUUCAUGAACUUCUUGUACAUAAUUAAUAAUAUUUGCACGAAAACAGAUAAAUCACACAGUGUAAUAUAUAUAAAUAUAUGUAUACAUUUUGAUGCUAUAAGAAAAAAGACCAUAUUUGGUAUCUCAGAUACGCUUCU